AUGAAUUCUUACCGUUUCCUUCAGGCCAAGCCCAAAACCAGAGAUAAGAGAGAGAGAGACAGUCAUCAGGGCGAGGUCCACCGCCACAGGAGGACUAACCAGUUUCUGUCUGGAGGGCGCUCCCUGAAGAAGAAGAAGAAGAAGAAGAAGAAGAAGAUGCCUCUCCAGUCCACUCUGUCCGGCAAGGGCUCCGACCAGAACCAGGCCCUGGACACACAGUCAGAUGGAAAGUCGUUUGAGCAGCUGAGGAGGGAAUGUCUGCAGAAGGGGGUCCUGUUUGAAGACCCAGACUUCCCUGCCACCGGCCCCUCACUCUUCUACAGCCAGAGUGUUCCUGUCAACAUUGAAUGGAAGAGGCCCAAGGAGCUGUGCAGUAACCCAAAGUUCAUCGUCGGCGGUGCAGACAGGACAGACAUUUGCCAAGGGCAGCUCGGGGACUGCUGGCUCCUGGCAGCCAUCGCAUCCCUGACCCUCAAAUCAGACGCCAUGGCCCGAGUCAUACCCGCUGACCAGGACUUUGACAGCAGAUACGCCGGCAUCUUUCACUUCCAGUUCUGGCAGCACAACAGGUGGCUGGACGUGGUGGUGGACGACAGGCUGCCGUCAGUGAGGAACAAACUCAUCUACCUUCACUCAGCCUCCUUAAACGAGUUCUGGAGCGCCCUGCUGGAGAAGGCCUACGCCAAACUGAAUGGCAGCUAUGAGGCCCUGAAGGGCGGCAGCACACUGGAGGCAAUGGAGGAUUUUACCGGCGGUGUCGGGGAAAUGUACGAGACCAAGAACUCUCCAAGCAACCUGUUCACCAUCAUGAAGAAGGCCCUGGACCGAGGCUCCAUGAUGGGAUGCUCUAUCGAUAUCACCAGCUCUGCAGAGUCUGAAGCCAAGACGACAACCGGCCUGGUGAAAGGUCAUGCGUACAGCAUCACAGGCCUGGAGGAGGUGAGUUUCAGAGGACAGACGGUGCAGCUGGUCCGAAUCAGAAACCCCUGGGGUCAGGUUGAGUGGAACGGCCCCUGGAGCGAUGGCUCCAGAGAGUGGGAUUAUAUUGGCAAAGCAGACAAAGAUCGCCUGCAGCAGAUCUCAUCAGACGAUGGUGAAUUCUGGAUGGAGUUUGGGGACUUCAAGAAGAACUAUGACAAGGUGGAGCUUUGCAACAUGACCCCUGACGACAUGGCCAGCGACAGAAAGCACCAGUGGGAGGUCAACAUGAUGGAGGGAAACUGGAUCCGUGGCUCCACAGCUGGAGGCUGCAGGAACUUCAUCGACACGUUUUGGACGAACCCACAGUUCAAACUGAAUCUGAAGGAGACUGACGAUGAUGACCACCAGUGCAGCGUGGUGAUCGCUCUGAUGCAGAAGAACAGGCGAAAGCUGAGGAAGGAGGGCCUGGACCUGGAGACCAUCGGCUUCGCCGUGUAUCAGGCUCCAGAAGGUGAAGACCACGUGGGGAAGGAUUUCUUUCGCUACAAUCCAUCUAAAGCUCGCAGCAAGACUUACAUCAACAUGCGAGAGGUGUCUGAGCGCUUCAGGCUGGCUCCUGGGAAUUACUUGCUGGUGCCCACCACCUUCCAGCCCCACACAGAGGCCGACUUCGUCAUCCGCGUCUUCUCUGAGAAGAAGGCUGGGACUCUGGAGAUGGGGAGCAACAUCGAUGCUGACCUCCCAAUCCCGCCCAUGCCCAGCGCUCCAGAGGAGGAAACAAACGAGGAGAAAGGCCUGAGGAGGCUGUUUGAGCAGCUGGCUGGUGAUGACCAGGCCAUCUCUGUCUGGGAGCUCCAACAGAUGUUAAACGGUGUCCUCAGCAGACGAAAAGAGAUCAAAUUUGAUGGUCUGAGUCUCAGCACCUGCCACAGUAUCAUCAACCUGAUGGAUGUGGACAACACAGGGAUGCUGGAGUUCCAGGAGUUCAAGGUCUUCUGGGAAAAGAUGAAGAAGUGGAUUAUGCUCUUCCUGUCCUUCGACACCGACCGGCAGGGGAGGAUGUCGUCCUACGAGCUUCGCAGCGCUCUGAGCGCUGCAGGGAUGCGUCUUAACAACCAACUCCUGCAGCUGAUCUGCCUGAGGUUUGGUGACGCAAACCAUGAAAUCGACUUUGACGACUACCUCACCUGCAUUGUCCGUCUGGAGAACAUGUUCAGAGCUUUCCAGGCCAUGGAUACAGGCAAUAGGGGACGUGUGAGGAUGAACAUCAUGCAGUUCCUGAUGUUGUCCAUGAAUGUCUGAAGGGAAACCGAAAGCAAACAGAAGCCGCCAGAAGUACAAAACGGACGACCCUGGAGCUCAGCGGGUUUAAUACUCAGGCCGUAAUGAUGCAUACACGCACGUGUUCAUGUGUCAUCAUCUCAUUUUAAAUGCCAUUAUCUGAGCACGUAAUAUGAGACACUGUCUGAACUAAGGUAUUAGGGU